UGGCCGUCUGGCGGCGGGCAAUGCAAUUCAGUUGCCAAACAAAACGCGCCCGGCUAACGUCUUCGUACCUGGUUAUUACACGCUUACCGCCAAGACUUCCGAUCGGGAUUUCUUCAAAUCUUCAAAUAGCCAUGGCAAAGUUGAACGCUCUGCUGCUGCCCCUUGUUUUAUUCAUUGUGACCGUUAUGGUUCAGACAUCACUGGCCACAGUUCAGCCAAAGGCGCCCAAUUUCCAGUACUUUGAAAGGCCCAAAUACCGUUAUCCCUACUAUGAUGAGCACGGUCGCGGAAAACUUCUGUACGGAUAUGGCGGACCGGAAUUGUAUCAGUACAAAACCUACACGCCACUAGAAGGCAUACACUAAACCUAUUUAUUUAUAAGUUGUCUUCUAGUUAAUAAUUUAUAUUCUCCGCUUUAUUUAAAUUAAAUCUUUUUAAAACAAUCAAAAAA